AUGUCUCAGAUCCACCAUGCGGCUCUGGACCAGCAGCAGCACCAGCAGCAGCCGGGCCAGUACAACCAGAUCUGCACCCGCAGCAGCAGCAGCUCGACCCCGGCCGCCGCAACCGAGGGAACAGAGCCGUCCUCCUGCCCGGGCCAGAGGAACCGGAUCCCCCGUAGGAAGUGGCAGGUGUUCCCGGGGAGGAACCGGUUCUACUGCAACGGGAGGAUCAUGAUGGCGAGACAGACCGGGGUUUUCUACCUGACCCUGGUCCUCAUCCUGCUCACCAGCGGCCUCUUCUUCACCUUCGACUGUCCCUUCCUGGCGUCAAACCUGACCCCGGCCAUCCCGGUGGUCGGCGGCGUCCUCUUCUUCUUCGUCAUGGGGAUGCUGUUCAGGGCGAGUUUCAGCGACCCCGGAGUCCUGCCCCGAGCCACGCCGGAUGAGGCCGCCGACCUGGAGAGGCAGAUCGACUCUUCGGGCUGCUCCAGACCUCCUCCUCGCACCAGAGAGGUUCUCAUCAACGGACAGACGGUCAAACUGAAAUACUGCUUCACCUGCAAAAUCUUUAGACCGCCUCGCGCAUCACACUGCAGCCUGUGCGACAACUGUGUCGAGCGUUUCGACCACCACUGCCCCUGGGUGGGGAACUGCGUCGGACGGAGGAACUAUCGCUUCUUCUACCUGUUCAUCGUCUCGCUCUCCUUCUUCACUAUCUUCAUCUUCGCCUUCGUCAUCACACACGUCAUCCUCAGAUCGAACCGGACGGGUUUCCUGAGCGCGCUCAAAGACAGUCCGGGCACCGUCCUGGAGGUGGUGGUGUGUUUCUUCUCCGUCUGGUCGAUUGUUGGUCUGUCGGGGUUCCACACCUACCUGAUCAGCUCCAACCAGACCACCAACGAAGAUAUUAAAGGGUCAUGGUCCACCAAGCGAAGUAAGGAUAACUACAACCCCUACAGCUAUGGAAACAUCUUGACCAACUGCUGUGCUGCUCUAUGUGGACCUUUGCCUCCCAGUUUGAUUGACAGGAGAGGUCUGAUCCGGUCUGACACGCCUCAGACCACCUCCCAGUCUAACGGGACCAGUGGCAGCAGCUACGCCUCCACUCAGCUCCACAGUCACAAGUGUGAUCAGGAUCAGUGUAUCCAGAGCACCAAGUUUGUCCUCCAGGCAGCAGCCACCCCUCUGCUCCACAGCGACCCUGUGGUAUUGGCACCUCUGCCAGGAAAGACCACCACCCUAGGGGGCCCCUGUGCCUACCUGGCCCCCACCCAGCAGUCCCUGCCAUCCUGCGGGGGAGACGUCUUGACCAUGAGGGACGCUGCUGCCGACUCUCACUGCCACCACCACCUCCACCAUCACCACCAUCACCACCACCAUCACCUCGUCAGUCCAGAGGAGACACCAUGCACCACGCCGCAGGGCGCCCUGCCUUGCCCCGCCCACCUGCACCUCCACCCACCUGUCCCCAGCCCCGCCACCCUCUACGAUCCUGCCAGUCAGGACGCUCUGCACGAGGACUCGGUCAGAGGGCUGGUCAAACUCAGCUCUGUGUGA